AUGGCCGAAGCGAAGUUCGAUCUGCCUGACGAUCUCAUCCUUUCCAAAUCUUCUGAUCAGUCGAGAGAAUUGGCGUCAGAUAGCAGCAUUCCGUUGUCUCCUCAGUGGCUUUACACGAAAUCAAGCGAGAGCAGGAUGGAUGUUCGAUCUCCUACUCCACUGCCCACGGGAAAUCCAAGUGACUCAAAUCUGAAGGAUGCAUGGCGCUUGGAUGCACCGGAAGACAAGAAGGACUGGAAGAAAAUUGUGCCUGACAAUGAAACAAGUCGCAGAUGGCGUGAAGAAGAAAGAGAAACUGGUUUACUCAGUGCGAGGAAAGGGGAUCGAAGAAAAGCAGAGCGUCGCAUUGACAAUGUCUCAAGCAGAGAAACCGGCGACAGCAAAAAUAUUGCUUCUUCGGAUAGGUGGCAUGAUGCUAAUACUCGCGUUGCUGUACAUGAAUCUCGUCGCGACAGCAAGUGGUCAUCUCGAUGGGGUCCUGACGACAAAGAGAAAGAAACCCGUUGUGAGAAGUUAGAUAAUAACAAGGACAAGGAAGAGCCUCAAACUGAAAGUCAAGCUGUGGUUAGCAGUGUCCGUGCCACUUCUGAACGGGACUCUGACCCUCGUGACAAAUGGAGGCCACGUCAUAGGAUGGAAUCCCAGGCUGGUGGGGCGACUUCUUUUCGUGCUGCGCCUGGGUUUGGACUGGAUAGAGGACGAAGUGAGGGCCCAAAUCUAGGGUUCACCGUAGGCCGAGGAAGGGCUUCUGCGAUUGGGAGGGGUUCUUCAACUACCUUAAAUGGUGCUGCUGCAUAUGAGUUGUUAACAAAUGAAAGUAUCCCUGGUAAACAAAGCCCUUCAGUCUCUAUGUUUCGGUAUCCAAGGGGUAAGUUGCUUGACAUGUAUAGAAAACAGAAGCUGCAUUCUUCCCUCGGUAGGAUACCGACUGAGAUGGAGGAAGUUGCCUCCAUAACUCAAGUGGCUUUGAUCGAACCUCUUGCUUUUAUCAUACCAGAUGCCGAAGAAGAGGCAAGCCGUAACAGCAUAUGGAAGGGAAGUAUCACUAGUAGCGAAGUUCACACUUCCCCUGGGGAAGAAUCCUUAGGUGAAAACAGUCUGGGAUUACUUGGUACUCACAAUGGAGGCCUGGAGGGUGCUUCAAGUGUUUCAAGAUUGAAUUCAAUGGCUUCUGAAAGUUAUGGUACUGUUGGAGCUGCUAAUCAAGUUUCUCAUGGAAGUCCUGAAGCUGUUAGAUCUGCUUUUACGAAAUCCUCUGUGCUGGAUGGUAGCGAACCCUUUGUUUCUUCUUUUGAGGAAGAUUAUAUGGGCACGCUGCAGCAACCAGAUAUUGAAGUGAAUCACUCAGGAAGAGAUAUGCCGCCUGAAGAGUUAACGUUCUUGUAUAUUGAUCCUCAAGGAGUAAUUCAGGGACCAUUUAUUGGGUCUGACAUUAUUUCAUGGUUUGAACAAGGGUUUUUUGGGACAGACCUACAGGUUCGUUUGGCAAAUGCUCCAGAAGGAACUCCUUUUCAAGAUCUAGGCUGGGUCAUGCAAUAUUUGAAGAUAGAAGGUGCUCAUGAUCAAAAGAAUGAGCUAGAAGAGGCUAGUUUAGAAGCAAUUUCAGAGACUGGUUUAACAAUUGCACCUGCAGCAGAAUCUAAUUAUUCAUCCUCUAUAGCUCAAGCUCAGAAUAAUCUUCAGAGAAAGUCUGAGUCAGAAGUUUAUGUGAAACCACCGCCUGCUGAGGACCGAAGUUUUUUGGACUUCUCCGGUCAGGAUGAAGAAAUAGUAUUCCCAGGAAAAGCUGGAGUUUCUGGUUAUGCGUCAGGAAAAUCCUCUACAAGUAUGCAUGAUGCUUCAAUGGAAUUUUCUGGCCGCUCUGCUAUUCCUGUUGAAUCAACUGAGGCUGCUACUAGGAAUCAGAAUGAGAACAAGCUGCACCCGUUUGGUGUGUUGUGGUCUGAGUUAGAGAGCAGUAGUACACCAGUUACCCUGUUACCAAACACGUCUUAUAGUGCAAUUGGGGAGCCUACUGGUUCAUUAGACAAUUGGCCCAUUGAUUCCCUAAGAAAUACACAAAUUGACCCCAGCAUGUCCCUCGAUGCUCUGGCUGCUAACCGGAUGUCGCAGUUUGAACAUGUUUCCAACCGCUUUAACCUUGGGGAUCAACUUCCAUUUGAUCAACAUCCCCAGCAGCAAUUCCAGAAUCGAGAUAUGCUGUCGCAUUCACAUAUAGAUACUACAAGGACAGACUCCUGA